CCGGCGCGCAAUCCCCGCCGGCGGAAAAACCGAACGCGUGCGAAGGUUCCGGCCCUCCUGGCCGCUUCCAGCGAGGGGACACAUAACGGAGUGACACACGGGCUCCGAGCCGCCAGUCAGAGCCCGGGCCCAGCCGCAGGCUCCUGCACGGAAAACCCUUCAUGUGGCUGCAGGUUUAAAGUUAACUCCACUUCUUACACAACACCCACUUUAUUUUGCAAACUCAGCCCUUGGCCUUCGCGUUUAGGACAGUCACACCCCUCCUUUAUCCUGAAUUAAUGUGCAGGAGGGAUGUCUGUUGGCCCAGCAGAGGGGGAAUGGAAGACAGUCAGCAAGAAGGGGGUGAAGAAAAGGCGAGGAAACGCCAGGGAGCGAACCAUUGCACAGGAGGUCGAGAUUCUGAGUGCGUCUGAAGGGGAGAGGAUCCAACACAAAAUAAAGGAAGCGGUAGAGGAGUUGCGGAAUUCAGAAUUCUGGACUGUUUGCCGUGAAACAGUUCAAAGAGCUGUAAACAAAUAUCGCACAGCUCCACUAGCAACACCAUCAGGUCUGGAUGUUGGAGCUGCCGAAUUCCUCAAAUACAAGCAGGGCGACGUAGAUCAUUGUCGAACCACACUGGACUUAGUAUGUUACGGAAUUGGAAGCUUUUCCAACUCUGUUUCAUCUCGCUAUCAGUUGGCCCUGCUGUUCCUGCUGCUUGAGACUCUACAGAUCCCUCGACUUUGCUGCCUUCUGUUUGAUCCAUUAUUUACAGAAUGGGAGAAGAGGUUCCUGGAGGUUUGUGGGAUGGUGGUGAUCAGAGAAAACGAGGAAGGAAAACGGCCCAUCAACCGACCAACUCUCUUCUACAUGAUUCAUUGUGGAAAAGCUCUCUAUAACAACCUUCUGUGGAAAAACUGGUCUCCACAACAACUUGCCCAAACCAUUCUCAUUGGAAACAGUUUCAAAGGGAUAGAGGAGAGAUUGCCGGCCCGAAUCCUGCAGAGGGACUACAUGUACAUCAAUUAUAUACUGGCAGUAACUGAAGAGGCAGCCUUCCCCUACAGCAAUAGAUAUCUGGAUAUAUUUAAUGAUACCUCCAUUCAUCAAUUUCCUAGAACAAAACUGGAUUCGAGGCCCAGAGAAUUCUGGGAGGGUGUAGCUGAACCAACAUACCAGCAGUGUGAGGACUUGGAAAUAAUCCAGAAUGGCUGAGAAUGGUUUCAG